AUGCCCCCAGGAAUCGCCAUCCUGGAGCCGCGCCGGCCGCCCCACGACUACCUACCCAUCGCAGUGCUCACCACCAUCUGCUGCUUCUGGCCCACGGGCAUCAUCGCCAUCAUCAAAGCUGUGCAGGUGCGGACGGCCGUGGCGCGGGGGGACAUCGUGUCGGCCGAGAUCGCGUCGCGCGAGGCCCGGAACUUCUCCUUCAUCAGCCUGGCCGUGGGCAUCGCCGCUAUGGUCCUGUGCACCAUCCUCACUGUCGUCAUCAUCAUCGCCGCGCAGCACCAUGACAACGACUGGGACCCCUAGCCAUGGGC